GUUGUCUUUCUUAUUUCAAGGUUGUUUUCCAUACCAAACAAGCCUCUUACAAUUCAUACAUAGAUAUUGUUUUUCUUCUAGUAAGAAGGGAAGAAAGAAAAAAUGGCAAGAAUGAAUUUUACUCUUUUCUGGACACUGGCUUUAAUUUGUUUGAGUAGAAAUGCAGGUGGAAAAGCCAAAUCUAGAACUCUUUCAGAUGUUGAUAAAAAGUUGAAGCUUCUCAAUAAGCCUGCAGUCAAGAGUAUAAAGAGUGAAGAUGGAGACAUCAUUGACUGUGUUGAUAUCCACAAGCAACCUGCUUUUGAUAAUCCUGCAUUGAGGAGUCAUGUGAUUCAGAUGAAACCAAGUAUUGAUGCAAGAACAGAGAAGAUGGGUAACAGCAACCAGAUUUUUCAGACAUGGCAAAGAAGUGGAACUUGUCCGGAGGGAACCAUUCCCAUCCGCAGAAUCCGAAACCAAGACUUACUCAGAUCAGCAGCCUCUCUUGAGCCCUUUGGGAGAAAAGCCUCACAUUAUACAUCAAACCAAAAAGAUUUAAAUGGCAAUUACUCUACAGAAGCAAACACCACUCAAGUUGUAGUUGCUAGAACAACACCCAAUCGUUCUACUGCAUAUCUUGUUACGGUUGGAUACAACUAUAUUGGAGCUAGAGGAGAAAUAAAUAUUUGGAAUCCGAAGGUUGAUUCACCGGACGAUUUCACUACUGCUCAAAUUUGGCUUAGGGGAGGCCCUGGAGACAACUUUGAAAGCAUUGAAUCAGGAUGGGUGGUGAAUCCCAAGUUAUAUGGAGAUACACGCACCCGAUUUUUUGCAUAUUGGACUAAGGAUGCAUACAAGCAAACAGGCUGUUUUGAUCUCACCUGCAGUGGGUUCAUUCAGACAAGUUCGCAGGUGGCCCUUGGUGCAGCCAUUGAGCCUAUCUCUAGUAAAUCUGGAGAGCAGUUUCAGGUCCCUGUUGCCAUCUUCAUGCAUGUAAGAAUUAUGGACUUUUCUCGAACUCUGAAGUACCCUGAAUGGGUGGGCACUUGGUCUGAUGAACCCCCUUGCUAUUCAUCUCUUAACUUGGCUGGUUAUUCCGUUGAACCAGUAUUCUAUUUUGGAGGACCUGGUGGUGGUCGUUAUGCUGAUUGUCCAUGAGUACUUGUACUUCCUGAUAAAAUAAUGUUAAACAU